AUGUCUGCCAACAAGGAAAGUAACCUUGUUCAGGCUUAUAUUGAAUUAAAUAAAUUUUGUCAAAGUAGUGACUAUGAAAGAGCAUUAAAAGCUGCAGGGAAAAUUCUGCAAAUUGCACCAACGGAGCAGAAAGCAUUUCACUGUAAAAUCGUUUGUUAUAUACAACUUCAUAACUUUAAGGAAGCCUUAGUGCACCUAAACAACUCAAAACAUGCAGCACUGGCGGCUGACUUACAAUUUGAGAAGGCAUAUGCUCAAUACAGACUUAAUCUCCCAAAAGAUGCAUUACAAACAGUUGAUAGUGCUCCAGAGCUAACACCAGCUCUUAAGGAACUUAGGGCUCAAAUAUUGUAUCGCCUUGAACAGUACCAAGACUGUUACAAUCUUUAUAGAGAUAUAGUGAAGAACACCACUGAUGAUUAUGAAGAUGAAAGAAAGGCUAAUAUGUCUGCUGUUGUUGCAAAUUUGGGUGCAAUUAAUCCCAAUGCUGAUCUUCCACAAUUUGAGGAAACAACAUAUGAGCUCUCUUAUAAUGUGGGCACAACACUGGCAAUGCGUGGUAAGUACAGUGAAUCAUUACCCGUGCUGAAAAAGGCAGAGCAAGCCUGCUCGGAAAGUGUUCUUGAAGAUGGUGGUACUGAAGAAGAGGCUAAAGAAGAAGCUGCCAUUAUUAGAGUCCAACAAGCAUACUGCCUUCAACAAAGCGGUAAAGAGAAGGAAGCUGCCACCAUCUACCACAAUGUUCUUAAGGAGAAACCAAGUGAUCAGGCACUUGUUGCCAUAGCUAGUAACAACUUGGUUGUUAUCAAUCGUGACUCCAAUGUAUUUGAUUCUCGUAAGCGAAUGAAGGCGGCAACUCAAGAAGGCUUGGAGCACAAGCUUAACUCUAGACAACGAGCUAAGAUCAUCUAUAACCAAGCGAUUUUGGCUAUUUAUUCUAACCAGCCGGACUUCUGCAAGCAAUGUUGUGUUAAACUAACCCGUGAGUUUAAUGAAGAGAAAAGAGCUAUACUCAUUGAAGCCUCGUCAUUGGUCAAGGACGGAAAGAGUCAACAAGCGUUGAAUUUGUUGCUGAAAUAUGGAGAUACCCUCACUUUGGCAGCUGCUCAAGUUUUGUUAGCUCAGGGUGACCGCAAAGCAGCUGUCAAGUUAUUGGAAGAAAGUGCCUUCAAAUUUCGUCCUGCCGUUAUUGGUGUGCUCUGUACUUUGCUCACAGCUGACAAUGAAUAUGAGAAGGCUUCUAAGCUCUUCAAUGAAGUCUAUGAACACUAUAAGAAUGAUGACGAGCAAGUGAAAGCCCUCCGCAACGUGUGGCGGGCGGCAGCUGAGGCCCACUCACGCGCCGGCAAUGCAACCGCGGCUGCGCAGGCGCACGAGACCCUCGUGCGAGCGGCGCCGGGUGAUAAGCGUACUCUAGCUAGGUUGGUCAAGGCGCUUAUACACGAACCGGAAAGGGCGAGAAAACUUGCUGCCAAUCUACCGCCCAUUACUAAGUUAGAAGGCAAGAUUGAUAUAGAUGCGCUGGAGUCUUCCAAAUGGAUGAUGGGUGCUAAGAUCGUCAAGAAAACAGUGCAAAGUAAACAGGAACAGUCGCCUGGAACGCCAGGUUCGGAGUUGGGCCAAAAGAAGAAAGCUAAACGAAAGCGUAAGACUAAACUUCCACCUUCUGCUGACCUUUCAAGACCUCCUGACCCAGAAAGAUGGUUGCCCAAGUACGAGCGUACAGCUUAUCGCAAACGACGCGGUAUUCGACGUGACGUCAUCAAGGGCAGUCAAGGGAUGACUACCAACGCUGUUGAUCAGUAUGAUAUGAGUAAACAGACACCUAGUGUAGCAACUGCUGCCAAAAGUCCACGCGUUGAAGUCAAGUCGAGUGAAAGUGCUUGGCAAAGGAAACAACAGCAAAAGAAAAAAGGCAAAGGCCGCAAGUGGUAA